CCCCCCGCGGGAUGAGGCUCCUUAAAUAGCGGCUCAGGCGGCCCCUGCCGCCCUGCCCGGCGCCUCUCCCGGUCUCGCCAGCAGCCCUUGUGCCGGCUGCGUCCUCAGCGCCCGCUCGGAGCGUCGCGACCCCGCUCUUCCUGGGAUCAGAAGCACACAGUGAACUUCCAUCCAGAGCAACCAUGUUUGAAAUUAAAAAAAUCUGCUGUAUUGGUGCAGGUUAUGUUGGUGGGCCAACAUGUAGCGUCAUUGCACAUAUGUGCCCUAAAAUCAAGGUUACAGUUGUUGAUGUUAAUGAAGCUAGAAUCAAUGCCUGGAACUCUGAUACGCUUCCAAUUUACGAGCCAGGACUCAAAGAAGUUGUAGAGUCCUGCCGAGGAAAGAAUCUCUUCUUUUCCACCAGUAUUGAUGAUGCCAUUAGAGAUGCUGAUUUGGUAUUUAUUUCUGUUAACACUCCAACAAAGACCUAUGGGAUGGGAAAAGGUCGGGCAGCUGAUCUGAAGUACAUUGAAGCAUGUGCUAGGCGGAUUGUACAAAAUUCAAAUGGCUAUAAGAUCGUCACUGAGAAAAGCACAGUCCCAGUACGUGCAGCAGAGAGUAUUCGUCGGAUAUUUGAUGCCAAUACAAAACCUAAUUUGAAUUUGCAGGUGUUGUCUAACCCAGAAUUCCUAGCUGAAGGAACAGCUAUCAAAGACCUAAAGAACCCAGACAGAGUCCUGAUUGGGGGAGAUGAGACUCCAGAGGGACAGAAGGCAGUCCAUGCUCUCUGUGCUGUGUAUGAGCACUGGGUACCCAAAGAAAAAAUCCUCACAACCAAUACUUGGUCCUCUGAGCUUUCCAAACUGGCAGCUAAUGCUUUCCUUGCCCAAAGAAUCAGCAGCAUUAACUCAAUCAGUGCUCUAUGUGAAGCUACAGGAGCUGAUGUUGAAGAGGUAGCAAGAGCCAUUGGAAUGGACCAAAGAAUAGGAAAUAAGUUUCUAAAGGCCAGUGUUGGAUUUGGUGGUAGCUGUUUUCAAAAGGAUGUUCUGAAUUUAGUGUACCUUUGUGAGGCUCUGAACUUGCCUGAGGUAGCUCGCUAUUGGCAACAGGUGAUAGACAUGAAUGACUACCAGAGAAGGAGAUUCGCUUCCCGUAUUAUUGAUAGCUUGUUUAACACGGUUACUGACAAGAAGAUUGCUAUUUUAGGAUUUGCAUUCAAAAAGGAUACAGGAGAUACAAGAGAGUCUUCCAGUAUUUACAUUAGCAAGUAUUUAAUGGAUGAAGGAGCAAAGCUCCAUAUCUAUGACCCUAAAGUACCAAGGGAACAGAUAAUCCUGGAUCUCUCUCACCCAGGUGUCUCAGAAGAUGACCAAGUUUCUCGGCUAGUCACUAUUACUAAAGAUCCAUAUGAAGCCUGUGAUGGAGCUCAUGCCCUUGUGAUCUGCACUGAGUGGGACAUGUUUAAGGAGCUGGAUUAUGAGCGCAUUCACAAAAAAAUGCUGAAACCAGCUUUCAUCUUUGAUGGUAGGAGAGUUCUUGAUGAUCUUCAUAAUGAGCUACAAGUCAUCGGCUUUCAGAUUGAAACAAUUGGGAAGAAAGUGUCUGCAAAAAGGAUUCCUUUUGCUUCUUCAUGUGAAAUUCCAAAGUUCAGCCUGCAAGAUCCACCUGUCAAAAAACCCAGAGUAUAAGUUUUAAUAGGUACUUAAGAAUCACCGUGGACCAGUGUGAAUUUUUAAAAGAGCAUACUGUUCUUAAUCUGUAAACCUAUUUUACAUUAGAGAUGAUAGCAGUGUACUAGGUACAUGUGAACCCAGAAUCUAUUUUCUAAUCUCUCUAUUUUUGAAAUUAUUGUAUUUUUUUCGGUUCUUGAAGACUAUACGAGCCUGACUGGUUUUACUAAUCAAUUUUUAUGAACAUUUACUUCAGUCAGCGAACUUUUGCUUUUAGAAAUACUCACAAACUGCACUUUAAAUUUUAUAAACAACAUAAAGGCCAAAUGUAAUUGACAGAAUUGUUCUUACUUUGAUCCAGGAAUAAGUGGUACUCAGUAGUGUCAUUUUCUUUGCUGAAGAUUUUAAUUUGAUUUGGUAUAAUUUUGUUUUCCUUGUUGCCUGAUCUAACUCAUGUGAAAGUCGGUGGAAAGAUUGUAAUUGACUUUUAUCAGUGUUGGAUUGAGCCAUUAAACAGAGUAUAGAUCUGGUUUUAACAAUGAGGCCACAAUCCUGAUUGGGACCUCUGGGCAUCAAUGCAAUAUAAUAAUUAAUAAUUGUAUCGGGGAGCUAGAUCCCCAUCUGCCAUUAAUUCUGUAAUGGGCUUGCAACAAUAAUGUGACCUAUCAGA